AUGCCUUACGAUCGCGAUGUAGUCGUCAGUUGCAUCGAGAGACACUAUGAUCUGCUCGUGCGCAUGGCCUACCUCGACCCGGAUGUGAUCCUCCGCCCGCCGCCUGAAGGUUGGAGUGAUGAGCAGCUCGCUGUCGAUACAUUACAAGAGUGGAAACGGUCGGACAGCGUCAUUGAUCUCUUGCGUCACUUGCCUUAUCUAAGUAAGAAUAUGUUUGACGCUAAAUACGAGGUCUACAUCGAAACGGAAGCAUGCAUCUACCUUCGCAAUUAUGGCUGGCUGCAAGAUGAGUACAAAAAGGACGCUAUCAGCCUUAUGAUGCCAUUCGAGGAGGAAGCACCUGCUGGGAUGAUACCGUUGAGCCAGGGCAAUGACGCGACGGUGUGGAUGGUCGAUACGGACGGAGGGAUAAUCUGGCCCAUGGGAACGUUCGUUGUAGACCGUAGUGCGCCAGAAGACCAGCCUUGGCGGCGAUGCGCAAAACCUCGAGAGAUUCAGCAGUACUUCGAUGAGCUCUACAACGAGAUCGAGACCUUAGCCACCGUUCCUGUACCAUUGACGCAAGGAAGCUCGAUGUGGUAUAACGAGAUAUUAUCGUGUCAAGAGGAGAAUGCAAAGCUACCCAAGCGCUUGCUGAAACAGUAUGGUUGGCCCUCAGCCCUCAGAAAGGCAGAGUAUCUCAAAGCUCUCGAACAAGAACGUAUUGACGCUAAACGCAAGGAAGUGGAACGGAAGGAGGAAGCCGUGAAGAAACAUGAACAAAGGCGCUUUAUAGCAGAUGGCAAGACGUAUAAUUUGCGUUCCAAGAGUGGAAGCGCCGACAGCACAGAGGAGUGA